AUGGGGAGCAAUGUGAUUCUCAUUGACGAUUCAGACACUGAACUUCCUGAUGCUCCAUCCCAUCGCCAAUCAAUGCCAUCAGAAUCAUCCACAUUCUGGUCAAUCACAGCUACGCCAUCUCGUACUGCCUCCAGAGAGUGUAAUGAGCUGCGCAGUCGAACCCCUAUGCCCGUUCCUCAACCACGCUCAUCUCCCAGCGCAUUCGAACGUAAACGGAAAACUCACGAAUUGAACUCACAUCCUCUCGCCAGACGCAGUAGUUAUGCUUUGCCAAAUAACUCAAAUCAAAGACACAAUGAUGAUGAUGAGCGUAUUCCAGUCAGCAGGCAAAGUAUUCGUAUUAUAAAGAAGAAAGUAGAUAGCAGAGUAUCCAGAAGGCUCAGUCGACGGCGUCAGCGCGCCUCUUCGUACUCACCAUCGAGUUCAGAUGAUGAUACGCUACUCAAGAAGCAUAGAGAGACAAUGCACAAAGCGAGACAGGAAGAAGCUUAUCGUAAGAAACACGGCCAGCCCAGAUCCAGACUUCGCAUCCCUGCCAAAAGCGACCCAGAGAGUGCACAUCGUGAAUUCUACGUGAAGAGUAUUGAGGCCGAAAAGAUUGAAAAAGACAUCAGGCACGGUUACAUUGUGCGUGUGGAGGAGAGACAUGCUAUACAGCUGGAUGAUUUGGACCCUGAGUUGCUUACUGGACGACCCUUGACAGAAAAAGAGGCAUACUGGGUCAGCAAGAAGCAAGCGCGCCGUGCAGGCCCACGAUCCAGUAGUUGGCCUUCGAUUGUCCCCACCCAUGACCAACACACUGAAUAUAUUAGCUUGACAGACAAGGCACGAAACUUGUUUGAUCCCAAUGCCCUGGAGUGCUCGGAAUGUGGAUCGAAGCUGUGGGGAACCAGUAUCCUGUUUCCACUGUCCCGUCCAACUGACUUUCGUCCACCCACUCACAUCAUUGACCAAAAUGCGCCUUUGUGCGUUGGCUGCGCUAGAUUAUUUAGUUGUGUUAAUGAUCGGCAAGAGAAGCUAGACAUGAUCAAUUGGAUAGUAACCGGCAAGACCCUGCAUACAAAGAUCCCAAAGCACAACGACAGUUUAUUGAUGGAUGUUUGCCGAAAACGUAUCGCUAUGAUGAAAACUCGUGCUCGCAUUCACUACAGCAAGCUACCAGACAACUUUGUAACGGCGGAGGAAUUGUUUGAUGAUGUGAAGCAUGAUGACUACAAUUGCUAUUUGGUCGGCUCGCCUAUGCGCCUUGAACAUGGAUAUUUCAAUAGUCUCACAUUUGAUCACAUAUUUCCUAUCUCCAUUGCUAUGAUGAAAACUAACUGUUGGUCGAUUGAAAAUUUCCAGCCCAUGUCCUUUUGUAUGAACCAGGUUAAAGGAAACGAGGCAAACAAGGAGGCGAAGCGAUGGCUCAUUAACUUUAAAGCGCACUACUUUUCAUCCAAUUUCAAGGCAUAG